AUGACAAACAAGAACGACGCGUAUUCAAUACCCACAGCAUACAUCCACCACCUUUCGCAAUACAAGCUCUCGCAAUACUACCACCAGUCCACAAAAGACAAGUCCAUUCACAAGUAUGUUCUGAUCACCAACAUGCUGCGGCAUGCCGAUAACGACAACAAUAAGGACUACUACGACGACUACAGAAAUGACCAACAACAACAACAACAACAACAACCAGAGUUAAUGGACAUUGACGACGAUGACGAUGAUCCAGACGAUGAUCAACUUGAACAACAAUGGCUUGACACAUGCCUGGACGAACUUGAGAAGGAAGAGCAAAUACCACCAUCGCCUCCACCGGCACCUUCAAGAGGAGGAGCGCCACCGCCUCCACCACCUCCACCACCGCCCCCACAGCUGCCCCCACGAUCGCGUCGGCAACAUUCACAAUACAGCGACGACGACGAUGACUUUCGAGAACCAAUGAAAAUAUACUUCCACGCUGGUGUCGUGGCCUGCCUAACUCGACUAAAUAUUCCCUAA